GUGCUCAUGUGCGACGUGGCUAGCGAGGAGCUCCAGGCCUUUGUGGCUCAGCACGCCGCGACGGGGAGGGAGGCGGAGCAGUUGCUGGUCUACGCCGCCCCGCCAGAGAGCGCGUUCGACGCGGCCGGGCUGCGGGAGGGCGCGGGUAGGCUCGAGGCGGGCGGCCUGCUCACGCAGGAGUCCGUGGUGGACCUCGCGCGGACGUGGCGGUGCCUGAUGGGCAAGUGGCUGCUCUUCGUGCCCGAGUGGCGCGUCGACGCCCUCUUCGGCCUCGUGGCGGAGAGGCUGCGCGAGGGCGCCAUGCCGGGCUGCACGCGCGCCGUCGUGUCGCCGCCAGGCACCUACGGCACGGACCCGGACAAGUACAUGCUGACCGUACACUGUGUGGACUUUACCGACCACAGGCAGGUGAUGGCCCUCGGCAAGGCGCUGCGGUCCCUUGCCCGCCAGGGUCUGCGCGCACCCGCUGGCGACUGGGGAGAGCUGCGCGACGACCCUUUCGCGACGCGGGGGAAGAGGGUGGCGCUCUACUUCAAGCCUGACGUCUUCACUUACCUCAACAUUCACCGCAAGAACCCGUAUGGCAUCAGGACGACGCUUCACCAGAUCGACCUGUGA